AUGGAGAACCUCCCUGAGGCAAAAGUAAAGCAGGAUCAAAUCAGAAUGAUGGACAAAGAUUCAACAAUUACAGUUGACAUGAACCCAGAUAUCAAUUUCUGGUUGUCAAAGUUACACGCACUUACAGCAACUCGGUAUGAAAAUUUUCAAAAGCUUACAGACAUUGAUGUUUUAAGGGAGGAAGCUCAUGUUAAAUACCGUAUCUUGAUCGAAGAUAAUAUGGCCAACUUCAAAAAGGAAUUCCCAAAUGCUUCAAGAGCUUUGGUGGCUGAAUUUCUGAAAGUGGCUUUUGAAAAUAAAACUCUUGACGACUUGAACGUUGCGCGUAAGAAACAAGAGAUCGUUUACACUGCCUCCCGUGAUGAGCUAGAAGAGAUGUACAAGACUUUCAACAAUCUCUUCCCGAAACACAUUCCUCAAGAUGUUCAAAAUCGUGCGAUCAUUAGUUUUCCUGCUACUGAAUUCGAGAGGAUAGUAGCAUUCUUCCAAAUUUGUUCGCCUGAGGAUGUUGCCAGAGAAAUCUUUACACACAAGGCAUUGCCAGGCUUCAAAAUUUAUAGCUGUGAGAAGAGCUUCAAUAGAGACGACCUUCCGCCAUCAUACAGAGCGCAGGUCGAGCGUGCACGACAGUUCCCUGACAAGCCGAAUCGCUUCAUCUCAUAUGAUACCCCAGGAGUUACUGAGAAAAUGCGAAACCCACAACGCAGAAAAGAAAAGGACGUUUUUACUACUACCUUGGAGACUGUCUGGGUUUACCAUCCGAUUUUCAAGAAAUAUGGGCCGCGUGUUGGUCAGCAGGUUUUUCACAAAUACGCGAAUGGCCUCGCCCAUGGCUUAAGAAGGAGAAUGAUGAUCUAUGUUGAGAUUUCAAUUGUUGAUGUUGAAUGA